AUGGCGGACCUAGUUGAGCUUGACAGUCUCGAAAUAUUGGCGAUCAUCGACAAUGAACUCGAUCCUAUCUCACCCUGUCCCAAUCCUCUAAUCGAGCAGACCGGUGGCAUCAGAGACCUCACCAUGCGUGCCAUCCGAGAGUCUCCCGAGGAAGGGGGUCCAGUCCCAGAGCUGCGAAUGAGCAACAUCUGCUGCAGUGCCCACGGGCUUUCGCUGAUGAUAACGGGAAUCAAAGACGGACAAAAGCGCACAAUUCUCUUCGAUACAGGGCCAGAGGAAGAUAUAUGGGAGCGGAAUGCCAAACGCCUCCGAGCUGACGCUGGUCAAAUCGAACUGAUCACGCUGAGCCAUUGGCACAGGGAUCACUCCGGCGGAAUGCUCAAAGUCCUUGAUAUGGUAUCCGAGGCUCGUCAGCAGAACGGUGGUGAUCUGUUACCAGUCACAGUUGACCUUCAUCCUGGUCGCCCAGACUAUCGGGGGGCGCAGGUUCCCGGCAUGCCUGUCAUUUCCUUGGAAGCUGACCCGACUUUCGAGGAAGUUGAGGCACAUGGUGGCACUGUGACGAAGAAUGAUCAAUCCCAUACGGUUUUGGACAACAUGUUUCUGAUUUCCGGAGAAAUUCCACGAGUAUCAGGCUACGAGGCCGGCUUUAGGUUUGGAAUGAGGUUUGACAAGACCAAGGGCGACUGGGAACAGGACGAGAAAAUGCUUGAUGAGAGAAUCCUGAUGUGCCGCCUGAAAAACAAGGGGAUUGUGAUGUUCACAGGGUGCGGCCACGCAGGUGUGGUAAACUCGGCGAAGCACGCCAUGGAUCUUGGUAGCGGUGCGUCACUUUAUGCAGUCAUCGGCGGUUUUCACCUUGCCGAUGCGCAACCCGACAUCAUCGAGCAGACUGCAUCUGACCUGAAAGAAUCUGGAGUCAAGAUUCUGUUUUCAAGGUCUUCAGAAGAGUAA